UUCAUAUAUCUCUGGCCCAUUGUCUACCUCCCAUAAACCAAAGCCACCUCCCACAUGACACUUCCAGCCCACAGUUUCAACACCAGCAGUUUCGAGUGAAGCAUAAUGUCGUCGAUGUCCAACGAGCUUCUUUCGGUGCUGGAUUACUACCUCGGAUCCGAAGCAAUUGCCUUUGACGAGGCGAAAUGUGAUCAGUUACGAGCAAAGAUGUCAGAGAUCCGGUUUGAUGAUACGACGAGAGCGGUAAUUGGAAGUACUCCAGAAGUAUGGAGGGCUUUGAGCACAAAUCUACGAAUGCUGCGCAAUAUCAAAGCGACCUCUACCGCCGACAAAGAGCGCACAACAUUCUUGAUCCGGACAGUGAUCUCUCUCGUCAUGAAUCUUCUUGCGGGCGGAGAAGAUGUGCAAAAACAAGCCAUGCUCUACGUGAAAUCAGAACUUUUUGAUACUUUGGACGACGAGAAUGUGAUUGAAUCCGGACUUGCGGUUCACAGCGUGCGCGCGCUGGUGAAUCUAGGCGCUGCUAACAACGCAGUCAAAGAUGAACUCUGGCCCGAUUUCCUUUCGCGAUUUACCCCAGAGUCUAUAGAUCGCAUCUGCGCAUCUUUCAAUCAUGAGGGCUACUCUGCUCUUUUGAUCUUUGUGGUCGGAUGUGUGGGAACGGCUGAAGAACGAGCCUCUAUAUUCAUGAAGUCUCCCGGCGGCCGCAGAAUCUACCUGAAAUUUAUCGAGCACGUCGACUCGUGGAUGCAAAGCACCGGCGAUCAAAAUUUCGACCUGAUGUACAAAAUCACUCAAAGCCUCAUCCAAGGUGGAUACUUCCCCGACAUCUACUCGUUGUGCAGUGAUCCGAUCGAGCAGCCGUCAGGCAACCAGCUCGUGGCCAUGAAACUGCUAGAUGGAUACUUGUCGUCUCCCAAGACUGUUACUGCGAUCAACUGUAUCGAAUUAGCGCAAUUUCUUUACAAAGACACGUUUGUCGAGCUAGGAAAACCGCUCGCAAUACAAAUCAUGUCUAAAAAGAUCGAUAACCCACAUAGCGAACGAGUCGCUUCAUUUCUGACAGUAUCGGUUGAAUGCAUGACAAGCCUGACUUCCAUAUCCCAAGAGAUUCGAAACCUAUUCAUCGAACUCGGCUGUAUCCCCGAGCUAAUCGACCUGCUCAGACGGGCAGACGAGCUCAUUCCGCGGAAAACACUCAAGACUCAGCAAGCAAGCGAGCAGUCUACUUCGAAGGCAUACGAGUUUCCGGACUUGAAGCGGCAAAUCGUCGGCCUGCUUUCGUAUCUUGUCGAAGGAAAUCGAGUGGCGCAGGAUCAGAUUCGAACGAGCGGGGGGCUUCCUGUUGUUUUGUCGCAGUGUAAUAUCGACGACAAUAAUCCAUUUAUUCGCGAGUACGCGAUUCUUUUGAUCAAAAACCUGCUGGCAGAUAACCAAGAGAAUCAAGACUUUGUCGCGAGUUUAGAGGCCCGUGAGGCAGUUACCUCGGAUGCCUUGCAUGAGGCAGGCUACGAGACUUCGAUUAUAGACGGCAAAGUGUCUCUCCGGAAGAGGUGAUUUGACUAUGGCUAGCGUGUGAGAAAUUGAUGCAUUUAGCUGAGUGGAUUAAUGUAGUCAUGUAUAGGCUUUGAAGAAUAAUGGUAUUCAUGAUGUAAUCAACCACUACUCGGUAUAAAUCAGACCCCAAUAGCAACUGCCAUCUUUCCAAACAGUCCAUUCCUAACAACACAGAGCAUCUCAAUUUCAAAUCCUAGCUCCCGUACGAAAUCAUCGCUUGACUGUGGGUAACCAUGCAUAACUAAUCAAAGAACGAAUCACUGCUGAACGACUCCCUCAACCGAAUGCACCGACGGACGGUUCCAUGUUCGGAUGUGGCCGUCGUGGCAUGUGAUUAUUAGACAGUCCUCUCUGAAAUGGAGGCUCGUGAGCGGAUCAGGGUCGACUUGCUUGGACUAGAUUUUAAAUGUCGAUCAGUAUCAAAGAAAUUUAAAUGGAGAUGACAAAAGUAACGUAAAGGGGG